AUGAGCCUAGCGUUUGACGAGUAUGGGCGGCCCUUCAUCAUCCUGCGGGAGCAAGAGCGCAAGUCGCGCAUCCGCGGCGUCGAGGCCGUCAAGGCCAACAUCCUGGCGGCGAAGACGGUCUCGCGCACGCUGCGGUCGUCGCUGGGCCCCAAGGGCAUGGACAAGAUGCUCCAGAGCCCAGACGGCGACGUGACCAUCACCAACGACGGCGCGACCAUUCUGGAGCAGAUGGAGGUUGAGAACCAGAUUGGGAAGCUGCUGGUGGAGCUGAGUAAGAGCCAGGACCAGGAGAUUGGGGACGGCACCACAGGGGUUGUCGUGCUGGCCGGCGCCCUGCUGGAGCACGCCGAGGCGCUGCUGGACAUGGGCAUCCACCCUCUGCGCGUGGCCGAGGGCUACGAGAUGGCCUGCCGCGUGGCCAUUGCCAACCUGGAGGCCAUCGCGACAAAGUGGGACUUUUCGAAGGACGACAUCGAGCCGCUAGUGCAGACGUGCAUGACGACGCUCUCCUCGAAAGUUGUGGGCCGCCUCAAGCGCCCCAUGGCGGAGAUGUGCGUCAAGGCAGUGCUUGCAGUUGCUGACCUGGAGCGCCGGGACGUCAACCUCGACCUCAUCAAGGUCGAGGGCAAGGUGGGUGGCCAGAUGGAGGACGCCCGGCUGGUGGAGGGCAUCGUCAUCGACAAGGACUUCAGCCACCCCCAGGUGGGUGAGCGGUUCAUGUAA